AUGUGCAUUGCUCCACCUCUGGUCGAGAUGGCUUCACAAGUCAGAGGCAUGGGAGCGUCCCGAUACCAUGGCAACGUUCGUAAGCCUUCAUCAACACCGUUUGCCAUCGGCCCUUCCCGGUGUCAGACCACUGGUGCCGUCUGUCGAAGCACCUUUUGGACCGGCAGACGCACCAUAAAGCGCUGUGAGAGGAGAACACAGAACGCAUUGUUUGAGUGGUUGGCAAUCGCGAACCAAGAUCAAGCGCCUGCGACAUCUCAUAGGUCUCCACACGCCCACUCGAACCAGGUCAAUGGCUCGCCUGCAAGGGUCAACUGCGCUCCUCCACGUGGAGAGUUUGUUCAUCAUGGUCGAAUCACGCUGCCUCCUAUUGAUGGUUUGUACGACAUGGAGUGGCAUGAAGCAUUAAUUAAGCCGCCACUUAUGGGGCGAUCCUGCUGCAAAGUAUUUCAAGGGAAACGAGUCCGAUUCUCGCUCGACCAAAGAAAGAAGUCUCAAGAGAAGGAUGUAGACACAGCCUCUUUGCAUGGAGAUGAUUUCUUUUGCGGUGCGCUCUCCUAAUGGCGGUGGAAGUUGCAGCUGUGGGAGUUAAUGCUCACCAGCGGGUGGGUGAGUAAUGCCUAAGAAUACGAGAACUCUCUACCUGCUUUCUGUUUCAAUUUCGCUGUUGUUUUCUGCAAUCCUCGUCUUCGGUAUACGCUUCAAACUUAAUGCUAACCCUUCAUUAAAGCAGUUGCAAACAUGCCGAGGCUGCUGGUUCUUCAUGCUCAUCUUUUGACGCGUCGAGUUCUUUUGCAGAUUUUAUUCCCAGCCAACACUGCACGAUGUAUGGGUAUUGUAGCAUAGGACAGGAUCAUGUAGGAAAUGUCUUCCCGAAGUGAUUUG